GCAGAUCAUCUCGCACAUCCCGUCACCCCACCGACGCUUUUCAUCAGUGGCUUUUCCAUAUUACUACAGUGAACCACUGCAAAUACAGACUUAAACAAAGCCAUCUUUGCUUGGUUUGCGGGGAAGUGAGCGUUUAGCGGCGGUAGUUUAUCUUGUCAGUCCUUGAGAUGCUAUUCCCGACGGUUGAUGAUUGUAACAACUACUUUCAAGCUUGAUACCAGCUCGAAGAUCGACAUCUAGAUCCAUCUUUAAGUUAAGCAUAAGUACGGCAGUCGCCCAUCAUUUCCUUCUCGGCCUGUCCAUCUCAUUUUAUUGAAACGUCCACUCAACUGCAAAAUGUAUUCCAUCCUAUCUGUAUUUAGCGCAGCAGUGCUCGUCAAACAAGUAUUCUCUGCUCCAGCUCCUCAAAACUUUCCUGGCCAGGUCUCUCCGCAGGAUCCCCGAUUCACCUACUAUCCAUUCAAAACACCGCUGACAGGGCCUUGCGAUCUGACGACUGGGCCGGACGGAGCCAUCUGGUCAUCCAAUUUCAUAACGAACACGAUCGGCCGUGUUGACCCUACCACCGGAGCCGUGACUGAAUAUAAAGUACCUUCUGUGAAUGUCACCAACCUACGACUAGGAGAUUUAGCAGGAAGAGCGGGAUUUUCUUGCGUUAUUCAACCAGGCAGUGAUGGGUUUCUGUAUGCUGCAAGUGGAAUAAGGAAUGAACUCAUCAAGAUAAAUCCCACCACCAAGGACAUCAAAGUCUUCACACCACCCAGCACAGGUGAGCUACCAAGCGUGGUAGGAAAUCUGGAGCCUUUCAAUGAUAUGUGGAGAGGGCCCAAAGGAAUGCUCUACACACAGACAACAGCCAACGUUAUAUCUUACUUCACAUACGAUACCGAAAAGUUCAUUGACUUUCAUCCCCCAACACCACUAGCUGGACCCCUUGGUAUCUACGUCGCUUCAGAUGGACACGCAUGGUUCUGCGAAUUCUUCGCCAAUAAAGUUGGACGCUUGAAUUUCGAAACCGGCGAAAUCAUCGAGUACAAUAUUCCCAUUCCGCUCACAUCCUGCGCUGUCAUCCGCGCCGAGACCUCAGAUGCAGACGGGACAUAUGUCUGGUUCACAGCGUUCACUGGUAAUUACAAUGGUCGAGUCAACAUCAAGACCGGAGAGAUCAGGGCUUUCCCCAGCACGAGCCUGCUGAGCUUCCCCACUGAGAAUACAGUUGAUAGUCAGGGCAAUGUUUGGUUCAGUACUGCGACGAGGAAUUCAGUGAACAAGCUCAAUCCCAACACGGGAGCGAUCACGAGUGUCAAUCAGCCGGGGACGUCGAUUGUGGCUCCAAUUAGUGUAACACCGGCUGUAGAUAUUGCUGUGCAUUAUGGGCCUGGGAAUGCGAUUUGGUUCACGGAGCUGGCGAACAACAGGAUUGGGAGAUUUCAGCUGUAAAUUGGCAUGAUGCACAAACACUGGUCUAUCUUGUACUUACCCUAAUAUAAUCUUUACUUCGCGUAAUGUUAAUCUUCUCG